GUGGAGGUCAACCCUUCCUUAGACAUGGCAGAAUCUGAUUUCCAGAACAAUGUGAUGCGUUGUCGGUGCAAAUACGACGGUGCGCGAGUUUACCUCUUCAGCUGCCACGCAGGUGAUGGUUACAGCGCCGAAGUCGAGGACGUGUUUGACCACCAGCGUCAGAUUUCUAACAACUUCCUGUGAAUCGGUAAACAUCCAGAUUUAGGAACUGUACAAGUCUUCGCCCCACCUCAGACGCCAGGGGAAGGAGGGUGAAUGAUAAAGGAAAGCAAAUAGAGAGACGGGGUGAGAGGGAGGUGGUAGCGGGGAAAGCUAGAGAGGACGGUAGGACUUUAGGACUUAAGCAGUAAUGGCUCGUUUGGAUUUGUGACUGAUUGUCUUCAGUAGUUUUUUUUGUUGUUGUUGUUUGAAAAUCAAAGAGGAAAAAAGGUGUGAAUAAGACCAAAAAGCAGACCAAAGUGAGAAGCAUCCUGUCACCAUGAUUUGUGAUAAAGCAGUUUACAGCUUGGAAAUCAAACCUUGAUGUUAUUAAUGCUGAUUUUGUUUAUUGUGUUUUAAGUCAUAACCACAAUUACAGUGCAGACAUGAAGACAUAUGAGAAGAACUGAUAAGGUGCUUCAUCUGAUGGUCCAACAAAUUAUGUCUCAAACUCGGUCUUCUUUUUAUUUUAUUGUCACAUUACAAAAUGCAGUAUUCACUGUCAACUAUUUUGUUUUUUUUUUACUAUUUUAUUUCAUCUCAUGGUGCUAUUUUGCUUUAUUUUUUAAAUAAAUAUUGUAAUGUAUUGCAAAUGUAUUGUCAUGUACAGUCUUAUGUUACCUCUCUCAAAUAAUGUUCUUCAGGUCUCUAAUUUAUGCAGAAUUUUAAUGUACUUUUAACUUGUUUGUAUUGUUUUUCUUUUUCAAUUAUGAUCGCUUUUUGUCCAUUUUGUUUGUUCUGUACCUGGUAAACAUGGUACCAACGCUUGAGAUCUGGUUGUACCAUGGCGAUGCGGUUAACAGUACUUGAUAACAGUAGUGAAAGAAGAAUAAAGAUCAGAUUUACAAACUGA